UCGAACUCUACUCAUAAGGCAACACUCCUCAAAGUUCUCGAUUUCCCUUCUCCCUAUCCCCCACCCCCAGGAAAGAGAGAGAGAGAGAGAGAAAGAAAGGAAUCCCGAAUGGCUAAGCUUAGUAGAUCCAGUGGUAGCAAAAAGAGGGGCAUUGUGAACCUCAAGAUUGUGGUGGAGAAGCUACAAAAGAGCCUCUCACUCGGUAGGAGAUCACCACCUUCAUGGUCAACUUAUUAUCACCGAGAGGAUGACUAUUGCGAAGAUGCGAAUGAGCGCGAGAACAAUGGCGAUGCCGUGCCCGACGAUGUGAAGGAAGGUCAUUUCGCGGUGGUGGCUCUUGAAGGAGACCAACCCAAGAGGUUCGUGAUUCCCUUGAGCUAUCUGGCGCACCCCACAUUCCUUAGGCUCUUGGAGAUGGCGGCCGAAGAAUACGGGUUUGAGCAUGAAGGUGCACUUGCCAUUCCUUGCGAGCCUAGUGAGCUCGAGAGGAUUUUGUCUAGCUAGAGUCUAGAGAGAUGACCCUUCAGUCGAUAAUUUAGCGUGACGAGAGGAGUAGUCGACUAGGGUUGAUUCUAACGAAGACCGAGUUGAAUUCUUGUGUGGAUCCGCGUGAAUCAAAUAGGUUAGUAACUAUUGUUAUUUCUCUUUUAGAAAUGAUCGUAUAUAAAAGUACGAGAUAGGUUAGGCCUUUGCCUAGUCUUAUCAGAGAUUAGUGGUGUCAAGCCAGUGGAUGAUGGUGACUCUUCCUCUAGUCCCCAUGUAUUUACUUGUAAUUGAGCUCAUGUA